UUUUCGCUUAUAUCUUAAUGUUCAGGCUUUCUUGUUUUCGGAUCAAUGCAUUUAAAGAGAUGUUUUCCCCAGGGUAUUGCUUUCACAUCGUCUCACUCACCGUGACUUGAUAACUAAAGAUGAUGAUGUAAAUAGGGCACUCAAUACUGAUUCAUUAGCUUACACAUUCUUCUGUCUCCUGUUCUCCUGGGCCAACCCACAUUUGUUUUUUGAGACAGGGUGUCUCCGAGUCCUGGCUGUCCUGGAGUUAGUUAUGUACUCCAGGCUGGCCUCAAAUACAGAGAACUUUCUGCCUCUGCUGGGAUUAAAUCCGGUGCUAGGAUUAAAGUCUGGCAUCAACACACCGAGGGUAAUGCUUAUCUGUACUUGGCACAAAGCCACCUUCCUUACUCUUCCCGCCCUUCAGGGGAGGUGUCUGGCGUGACUCCACCCCUCCACACGCCUCCCGGUUCCCAUGACACCACGCAGGCACUGUAAACACGUGCGGUAACUUCUUACGUCUCCUUCCGCUGUUCUGAAGCAAGUCUCGGCUGCAGUGGGGAGGGGCGGGGAAUAGUCCCUUGGCAACCGAGUUCCGCUCCGGAGGGGGCAGGAAGGGGCGGGCCUAAGGGCGGAAGGAACCGGAAACCGCUCUUUCUGCGGUAGGACUGGGUGAUGCGCCUCCGGGAGGCGGGCCCAGGCGUGCGGAGGGAUCCGUGGCUGGCCGCGGCGGCGCUCCGCCUCCUCUCAGGCAGGCUUGGCGGCGCGGGCGGCAGUUGCUGUGGUUUCGGUGCUGAGGUGGCUGUGUGUUCACCGAGGCUUGCGGAUCCGCCGCUUCCCGCCGUCAGUGGCUGCAGCUCAGUGUCCUUCCUUCGGACCGGCGGCACCCUCUCUCUUUCGCCGUUCGGUUCCGAUUUCCAGUCCCGGGCCUAGGGCGGCUGCGGGGCCGCGGCUGGCGAGAUGUUCAAGAACACGUUCCAGAGCGGCUUCCUCUCCAUCCUCUACAGCAUCGGCAGCAAGCCCCUGCAGAUCUGGGACAAAAAGGUACGGAAUGGCCACAUCAAAAGAAUCACUGACAAUGACAUCCAGUCCCUGGUGCUAGAGAUUGAAGGGACAAAUGUCAGCACCACAUACAUCACGUGUCCUGCGGACCCUAAGAAGACGCUGGGGAUUAAACUGCCUUUCCUUGUCAUGAUCAUCAAAAACUUGAAGAAGUAUUUUACCUUCGAAGUGCAGGUACUAGAUGACAAGAACGUCCGUCGGAGGUUUCGAGCAAGUAACUACCAGAGCACCACUCGAGUCAAGCCCUUCAUCUGUACCAUGCCCAUGCGGCUGGAUGAUGGCUGGAACCAGAUUCAGUUCAACCUAUCUGACUUCACCCGGCGGGCAUAUGGUACAAACUACAUCGAGACCCUGAGAGUGCAGAUCCAUGCAAACUGUCGUAUCCGAAGGGUUUACUUCUCAGACAGACUCUACUCAGAGGAUGAGCUGCCAGCAGAGUUCAAACUAUAUCUACCAGUUCAGAACAAGGCCAAAGUAAGACACCCUUCCUGAAGGAAGCCAGGGGUGGGCAUGGGGAGCCAUGGCCUGGGACAUACCCUUGACCAAAAGCUGGCCUGGCUGGGCUGGCACUGGAGACAUGUUUGCCAGGCCUUAGUCCACAUUCUAGCAUGGCAGCGCCAAGUCAGGCGUGAGCUGUGGCCCGUUCUGUUGCUGCUGCCACUGCGUACAUCGCCUCUUCCCUCUCGGCUUCCUGUUUCUGCUCACGGUUCUUUUUGGAGGAAUGCCCUCCUUCUGAUCCUUUGUCGGCCUCAGAGGCUGGUGAGCAAGCAGUGUACGGUGUGGACUCAGCCACACUGUGCCCCCAUGGCCUGGUGUCCGCUCGGGUAUCAUCAGAGUAGGGGCUGGUGGGACUGACUUCGUUAUCUAAUGCGGAAACUGAUUGCUCAUCCUGCUUUCCUCCCUCAGCAAUAACUGGACAGCAGCUGAGGGGACAGACUCUGGACGCUGAGUCUUCGUUUAAAAAGGAAGCUAAAA